AAAGUGUUCACUUUCUUCUACAACACAGAACAGAUACCAAACACUCUUCCACGUCUCCUUCUUUGUACUCUCAACUAAACGAAUGCUUCUCGUCUAAAGCCGAGACCUCAACUCUCUCUCGCUUUCCGUCUCUGUUUACCGAGAAAAAUAAAUAAAUAAGAAUCUUCUUGAUCCACCAUGGCAACGACCUCAAAUAAACCUCAGAGAUCUCUCCAAGAAAUCGAGGACAUUAUGCUCCGCAGAAUCCUCUCAGUCUCCCUCGCCGACUCCUCUGAUCCUGGAAUUUUCUACUUAGAAAUGACAGCAGCUGAGAUUCUCAGUGAAGGCAAAGACUUGAAACUCACUCGCGACUUAAUCGAACGUGUCUUGAUCGAUCGAUUGUCUGUUCAAAGCCCUAACGCGGAACCUCCUUUCAAUUACCUCUUAGGCUGCUACCGUCGUGCUGUUGAUGAGCUGAAGAAAAUCGCCAAUAUGAAGGACAAAAAUGUGAAAUCAGAGCUGGAAUUGUCGAUCAAGCAAGUCAAGAAGUUGUCGGUUUCGUAUUGCAGGAUUCAUUUAGGGAAUCCUGAUUUGUUUGGGGGUGAUUCGAGUGUUGUUAGAAAGAGCGGGCAUUCCAAUGUUUCUCCGGUUCUGCCCUUGAUUUUUGCGAUGGUUGAUGGGUUUAAUAGUGGCGGAAUUCAGCCACCGCCGCCGGGGUUUUUAGAGGAGUUUUUUAGAGAAGGGGAUUUUGAUAGCUUGGAUCCGAUUUUGAAGGGUUUAUAUGAGGAUUUGAGGGGAAAUGUUUUGAAGGUUUCUGUUUUAGGGAAUUUUCAACAACCAUUAAGGGCUUUAUUGUUUUUGGUUAGUUUUAAUGUCGGUGCUAAAUCACUUGUUAGUCAUAAGUGGUGGAUUCCGACAGGGGCAUAUGUAAAUGGGAGAGUUAUUGAAAUGACAAGUAUUUUGGGUCCUUUUUUUCAUAUUAGUGCAUCGCCUGAUAAUACUAUUUUUAAGAGCGAGCCAGAUGUUGGGCAGCAGUGUUUCUCUGAUGCAACAAAUCGUCGACCUGCUGAUUUGUUAUCUUCAUUUACUACAAUUAAGACUCUUGUGAAUAAUUUAUAUGAUGGAUUAGCAGAAGUGCUUCUUGCUCUUCUUAAAAAUGGUGAUACUCGCGAGAGUGUGCUUCAGUAUCUUGCUGAGGUGAUUAAUAGAAAUGCGACAAGAGCUCACAUACAGGUCGAUCCUUUAUCUUGUGCAAGUUCGGGCAUGUUUAUCAAUCUAAGUGCUGUCAUGCUUAAGCUAUCCGAACCUUUUUUAGAUGCAAAUUUGUCAAAAAGGAACAAAAUCGAUCCAAAUUACGUGUUUCACAAUGACCGUUUGGAUCUAAGAGGGUUGACAGCUCUGCUUGCAUCAUCAGAAGAAAUCACUCAAUGGCUUAAUACUCCUGGAAAAACUGAUAUCUCUGCACAAUCUAAUGAUGUUGAAAAUCGCUUGGUACAGUCUCAAGAAGCCACCAGUUCUGGUAGAAGUGGUGAAAAGUCUAAAUACUCAUUUAUUUGUGAGUGCUUCUUUAUGACUGCAAGGGUGCUCAACUUGGGUCUGUUGAAAGCAUUUUCUGACUUUAAGCAUCUAGUUCAGGAAAUUUCUAGAUGCGAAGAUAUGCUCUCCACUUUUAAAGCCUUGCAGGAGCAGACGCCGUCUCAGCAGCUGCAGCAGGAUAUUGACCGUCUUGAGAAAGAUAUAGAGUUAUAUUCACAGGAAAAGCUUUGUUAUGAAGCUCAAAUAUUAAGGGAUGGAUCUCUUAUUCAACAUGCACUUUCUUUCUACCGGUUAAUGUUGGUUUGGUUGGUUAGCCUGGUUGGUGGAUUUAAAAUGCCUCUUCCAUCAACUUGCCCAAAGGAAUUUGCCUCAAUGCCAGAGCAUUUUGUGGAAGAUGCCAUGGAACUACUUAUAUUUGCCUCUCGGAUUCCAAAAGCUUUGGAUGGAGUCUUACUGGAUGAUUUUAUGAACUUCAUUAUCAUGUUCAUGGCAAGUCCAACAUAUAUUAGAAACCCUUAUUUAAGAGCAAAGAUGGUUGAAGUACUGAACUGCUGGAUGCCACGGAGAAGUGGUUCAUCUGCUACAGCUUCUCUAUUUGAAGGGCACCAAUUGUCACUUGAGUAUCUUGUGAGGAACCUCAUGAAGCUUUAUGUUGACAUUGAGCUCACAGGCUCUCACACACAGUUCUAUGACAAGUUCAACAUACGGCAUAAUAUUGCCGAACUUCUUGAAUAUCUAUGGCAGGUCCCUAGUCAUCGUGAUAUUUGGAGAAAGAUUGCUAAGGAAGAGGAAAAGGGUGUCUAUCUGAAUUUCUUGAACUUCCUGAUCAACGAUAGCAUCUAUCUUCUUGAUGAAAGUCUGAGCAAAAUUCUUGAACUCAAGGCGUUAGAAGCUGAGAUGUCAAACACUACAGAAUGGGAGCGAAGACCAGCUCAAGAGAGGCAGGAGAGGACCCGCCUUUUCCAUUCCCAAGAGAAUAUCAUCCGCAUUGACAUGAAGUUGGCAAAUGAAGAUUUGAGCAUGCUGACAUUUACGUCAAAACAGAUUACAGCACCUUUCCUUCUCCCUGAGAUGGUUGACAGAGUGGCCACCAUGCUCAAUUACUUCUUGUUACAACUUGUGGGUCCCCAGAGGAGAUCUCUCACCCUGAAAGACCCUGAAAAGUAUGAAUUUCGCCCAAAACAGUUGCUUGAGCAGAUUGUCUGUAUAUAUGUUCAUUUGGCGAGGGGUGAUAAUGAAAACAUAUUCCCAGCUGCCAUCUCGAAGGAUGGGCGGUCAUACAAUGAGCAGUUAUUUACUGCUGCUGUUGAUGUCCUUCGGAGAAUUGGCAAAGAUGGGAGGGUCAUCCAGGAAUUUAUUGAGCUUGGUACAAAAGCCAGGGUUGCAGCUUCUGAGGCAAUGGAUGCUGAAGCUUCCCUUGGAGAGAUACCAGAUGAAUUCCUUGAUCCAAUUCAGUACACUUUGAUGAAGGAUCCGGUGAUCUUACCUUCUUCAAGAAUCACAGUUGAUAGGCCUGUCAUUCAAAGGCAUCUUCUGAGUGACAAUACUGACCCCUUCAACCGAUCCCAUCUUACUGUGGACAUGUUGAUUCCAAACACUGAGUUGAAGGCAAGAAUAGAGGAGUUCGUCAGGUCCCAAGAAUUAAAGAGGCAUGGGGAAGACUUCAGCUUGUAGAGGGCCAAAGAUACAAUCCAAACCACAACUGAAGAAAUGUUGAUUGAUUAGAACAUUGCUGUAGAUUCUUGAGAAGACGGAAUGAUGAUCUGGGUUACAUAUUUUUAGCAAAAAUGGAAGGAUUUUCACUAAUCAAUGAUGGUGGCAGCUGACCAUAAAAAGGUUAUAGGCAGUAGUGCAUACAAUAUGUAUCUUCAGACUAGUGUUGAAUGUUCUUGGAUGUGUAUAACUUAAUUAUGUGUAUGAAAGGUAUUUAAUUUAUUUAACAAUGGCAUGGAUUCUGUUCAAGUAUUAUUUUUGUAGGUGUGGUUACACGUUGUUUUUAUCAGGUUGUGCUCCGCUAACAAUCCCCAGAAGAUCUGGUGAGGACAGCAUGUAAUGCACCACAAAAGAAAUAAUUCCCUAAUAAAAUUUGCCGUGCCGCUUUUUGGUAGUUGCAGA